UGUAGCAGCUUCACACCCCCAGCGAUGACAUCUCAAAAAAACAGCAGUCGACUACAAAACCCCAAACACCGCGGCUGCGUUCGGCUCACAGAUAAAAGCUUUAACUAGAUAACGAACGCCAUAACGUUACCCAAGGAGGAUUUGCGCACAAUUUCGUCAGCUGCUGAGCGCUUGUCACCGCUGUGCCAUGGAGUUUCCAGAUCUCGGGGAGCACUGCUCGGAGAAGAGCUGCAAACGUCUCGAUUUUCUUCCAAUGAAAUGUGAUGCCUGUGAAGAAAUUUUCUGCAAAGACCACAUAACUUAUGCAAAUCACAAGUGCACUUCAUCAUAUAAGAAGGAUAUCCAGGUCCCUGUAUGUCCGUUGUGCAACACCCCCAUUCCCAUUAGAAGAGGGGAAAUGCCUGACAUCAAAGUUGGGGAACACAUAGACAGAGACUGCAAAUCUGACCCUGCUCAGAGGAAACGAAAGAUCUUUACAAACAAAUGCUCCAAAGGUGGCUGCAAGCAGAAGGAAAUGAUCCGGGUGACAUGUGACCAAUGCCACUUGAACUACUGUCUCAAACAUAGACAUCCACUCGACCAUGACUGUAAGACUGACGGCAAGCCAGUCUCCAAAUCAGGGCAUGCUGCUCUAAUGAGAGCUCAAGCCCCUUCUUCCAGUAAUGCUGCGGCAUCAUCCACUAGAGGGAACUGUAGGACCAUGUCCAAUGGAGUAACUGGAACUAGACCUCAGAGCAGUAGUGCACAAAGGAUAAAUGCUGCGUCUUCUCCGAUGGUGUCUCCAACAGCGCAGAAUGUAAUUCCCCCAUCAGCGUCAUUUCAAGUCGGCCUGACGGAGGAGCAGGCCCUCCAGAGAGCAUUGGAAAUGUCACUGGCUGAAUCAGCUCGGGCAAGCCAACCUACUCUAAGCCCUCAGGAGCAGGAGGAUCUGGCCUUAGCUCAGGCUCUCGCUGCUAGUGAAGAAGAAUACAGGCGACAGCAGCAGAGACAACAGGUAGCCAGAAACCUUAGCAGUCAGUAGCAUUCUAUGCUAACAGGACCUCUUCUAGGGAGGAGUUGUCAAAGAGACCAGCUGCUGCCUGUCGUAAUGUGAGGUGGCACUGACCAGCUGUAAUCUGCCUCAAUCUGCACACAAGCACCAAUAAUGUCCCAGUGAGCUGCACAUGUCUAGUGGAUUUCUGAGUCCAGCAUAUGAAGCUUCUACUUCCCAAGUCAACACAUCUGACGGCUGUUAUGUUGCCGUUGUUUUUCUGUUUCGCGUCACUCUGUAUUGUGCUUCUUAGAUGGGCAAUUGUGCCGUUUUGGCAAGUGGUGCUUCAUGUAAAUAUUUUAUAUAUCUAUCAUGUUAAUCUGUCAGUCAAUCUAGAUGUCUUUUGAAAUAAAUUAUUUUAAAGUGUUUAUUUCACUCUCUGUUGAUCACACCUCUUAACCAGAACAUUACACACUUUAGUCUUCAUUAUACAUUUUAUUUUAAGAGUGGAUGUUAUACAUAAGCAGUGUAAAAGUGUGGUCACAUUAGAGACAUUUGAGAUUUUGGGUGCAAAAUGGGAGCUAUGCCUCUCUGCCGGGAUGAAUGUGGUUCAAGAUACCAGUGUAUAUAUUGAUACAAGACAUCUUAUCAGAACUGAUGGAGCAAUAAAUUGUUUCUUCAAUUUUA